CCCACCGCACCCCACCCCCGGGAGCCCGAGGAGGCAGAGGACAAGGAGGUGGUGGUAGUGGCCUGGAAAGGGAGGGGGGGUGUGUGAAGAAGGAGGCGAGGAAGAUGGACCCAGUCCCCUCGCAGGGCUACAGUCUGAAGGAUGUGAAGUGGAGUUCGGGCGCCGUUCCGCUGGACUUGCUGGUCAGCACUUACCGGCUGCCCCAGAUCGCCCGGCUGGACAGCGGAGAAUCUGUGGAAGGUCUUCGAGAGAAUGAUUGUCUUCUGAUUCAUUCUUGCCGGCAGUGGACGACCAUCACUGCUCAUAGCUUGGAGGAAGGUCACUAUGUCAUUGGGCCAAAGAUAGAAAUCCCAGUACAUUAUGCAGGGCAGUUUAAGCUGCUGGAACAAGACCGGGAUAUUAAGGAACCAGUGCAGUAUUUUAACAGUGUGGAGGAGGUGGCGAAAGCAUUUCCUGAACGAGUUUACGUCAUGGAGGAAAUAACAUUCAACGUGAAGGUUGCUGCAGGAGAAUGCAAUGAAGACACAGAAGUUUACAACAUCACUCUUUGCACUGGGGAUGAACUCACUUUAAUGGGGCAGGCAGAAAUCCUUUAUGCAAAGACUUACAAGGAGAAGUCACGAUUCAACACAAUCUUCAAGAAAAUCGGAAAACUCAAUUCCAUUGGCAAGCUGGGUAAAGGCAAAAUGCCAUGCCUCAUUUGCAUGAAUCACAGGACCAAUGAAAGCAUUAGCCUUCCAUUUCAGUGCAAGGGCCGAUUUAGUACCCGGAGCCCGCUGGAGCUUCAGAUGCAAGAGGGUGAACACACCAUCCGCAACAUUGUGGAAAAAACCAGGCUGCCUGUCAACGUGAUUGUCCCGAGCCCUCCUCCUAGAAACCCAUAUGACCUCCACUUCAUUCGUGAAGGUCACCGGUACAAGUUUGUGAACAUCCAGACCAAGACAGUGGUGGUUUGCUGUGUGCUACGUGGCAACAAAGUCCUCCCCAUGCAUUUUCCUUUGCACUUGACCGUCCCCAAGUUCAGCCUCCCAGAAAACCUUGUGAAGGGAGAGGCCUGGCCUGAAACCCUGGUCCAGCAUUGGCUCGGUAUCUGCCAAGAACAGUUUGACAUUGAUGAGUACUCCCGCGCGGUACGUGACGUGAAAACAGAUUGGAAUGACGACUGUAAGAGCCCUAAGAAGAGUCGAUGUCCUGGUCACAACCACAUCCCCAACUCCCUCAGCUAUGCCCGGGAUGAGUUAACGCAGUCCUUUCACCGGCUCUCUGUCUGUGUGUAUGGGAAUAACCUGCAUGGUAACAGUGAAGUGAACCUCCAUGGCUGUAGGGAUCUGGGAGGGGAAUGGACUCCGUUUUCUCAUGAUACCCUACAGUACCAGGACUCUGGUGACAGUGGGAGUGAUUACCUUUUCCCUGAAGUUGGUGAUGAAUCUCUGUGUCUCCCAUCAAAGCCAGAACUCCCUUAUGAAGAGCUGUGGCUAGACCAAGGCAAGACGGACAGCCAACCCCUUACUGGUUCCUUGAGCGAAAAAACCAAAUGUGAUAAUUACAGAAGCUCCAUCCGGUCAAAAUGUGGCACUUCUCUCCCCGUUGCCGGGACGCUGGCGACAACGACAUCUUCAGAUGUGACCCUCCCUCCACCUCCAGUGCCUCCCAAAUCUGAAGCUGUCAGGGAAGAAUGCCGACUCUUGAACGCACCACCUGUUCCACCCAGAAGUGCAAAGCCUUCAUCAACAAGUCCUUCCAUUCCUCCUCGAUCAGCUAAACUAGUGAGGCAACAGACACGUUCCCCUAGCCCUACCUUGUCCUACUAUUCUUCGGGGCUGCACAACAUUGUCACUGAGAGUGACCCAAUGAGUCCUUCAGAAAGUGCUUCUGUUUCGUGCUAUCCUUGUAACAGGAUGAAGACUGAAUCUCUGGAACUUAGCAGAUCUCCCUUUGGAAGCCCCACUGCUGAUGCUCUGUCCUCUAGACUGUCAUGGCCUAGCCAUUUCUUGGGAGCAACGGAGAGUGAGAACAGGAAUGACUUCCUGUUGGAUCCGAGCAAAAGUUACAGUUACCCUAGGCAGAAGACACCGGGCACCCCAAAAAGAAACUGUCCAGCCGCUUUUGAUUUUGAAGGGUGUGACCUCUAUGUGGGCUCCACCCAGUCAGGUCCAGCAGAGUUCACAGGUGGCAUGUCUGGCUGUCCUAAGUCAGCCAGUUACUCUUUAGAGUGCACGGAUGAGAAGACCCUAGCAACAAGCCCGGCAAAACAGAGUCAUUCAUGCCCAGCCUUACCCCCGAGAGCACCCAAACUAACUGAGGAGAAACUGGCCCCAGAAUCGUUUCCUUUGCCUCUGAAAAUAGAUGGUGCUGAGGAAGACCCUAAACCUGGCUCACCAGACCUCUCAGAGGAUCAGUAUUUUGUUAAAAAAGGCACACAAGACAUUUUCUCUAUUUCUUAUCCUUUUUCCUCUCCCCUUCACCUCCAGUUAGCGCCAAGAUCUUGUGGUGAUGGUUCCCCAUGGCAACCGCCCACCGACCUGUCAGGACUUUCUAUAGAGGAAGUGUCCAAAUCACUGCGGUUCAUUGGUUUGUCAGAAGAUGUCAUCUCGUUCUUUGUUACUGAAAAGAUCGAUGGGAAUUUGCUAGUCCAGCUAACUGAAGAAAUCCUCUCAGAGGACUUCAAGCUUAGCAAACUCCAAGUGAAGAAAAUACUACAGUUUAUUAAUGGCUGGCGGCCCAAGAUAUAGCCCAGAGGCCCAUCUGGCACUGAAUAAAACUGAUGGAUUGAUGUGCUAGAAAGGGUAGGGCUUAGUACAUAAUUUCAUUAUUAUUAAUUUUUUUUUUGCACUAAAACCCCUCUGUAAAUAGUGGUAGAAACUUUUACUAUGCAGAUUAAGUUUUUGGAUGGUGAACCAGGCUAUUUUGUAUGACAAUAAAAAUGCCAUAGAGAACACUUUAGAGGUGUGCCUUGUACAUCACUCAACACCCAGCAGCUGCUAAAAGAGAAAAGGGAAUGUUAGGAUGUUUGCCCAGGUAGGUUUAUGCUAAGAAGGUGUGAUAUUUAUUAUUGAACAGCCAAAGCUGAAAGUUGUAAAUCCAAAAUACUCUUGUGACCAAGAAUCCUUUUCUUUCGAGGGUUGACUUCAGACAGUUAACUAGAUGCUGUGCUCCGUCGGGUGGCUUGUUUAAUGCUCAUUCUUUUGAUUCUAGUGCCUGAAAAUGUUUUAAAGGUGGCUAUGCUAAUCCUCUGAAAAUGAAAAUGUUGUAUGCUUAGUGCAGUUCUUUUUACCCAAAGUUGUCAAUGUUCUGAGAGUCACGUGUUGAUAGAAUUAGGGUAUGUUACAUGCCCUAAGUAAUAAUAAACUAUGAUAAUAGUAAUUUACCUAUAACUGCUGCUGCUUUUGCUUAGCAGAGAAAAACUACAAUAUAUACAAAUAUGCUUCAAAACUACACUCUGAGUCAGAUCAUUUAAAUAAUAGUUUAAACUCUCCAUCAAGGUAUUAGGACUUAGAAAUGUCAUUUACUUUCACAGAAAUAACAUAGACACAGUGACUGCUAAAAAUCCUUGGAACCCUGGGACUCCUAUGUGAAUCUUCUUGUACUUUUUAAUAAAGAAACCUGAAGCCAGAUCAAUACAGAA